AUGUCGCAACCGGGGAAACGCGGCGGGCGUGGCGGCGCCGGCGGUGGCAUUGGACGCCGUACGCCCUCGAACGUUGCUGGCGCAAUCGGUGCCAACACACCUGAUGAAUCGAAUGCGGCCAGUGAACGCGCCACGCCAGCCAGUAAGGCCGACUCAGAUCAGAAGGACGACAGUUCCAGUAAUGGCGAUAAGAAAGAGGUGGACAGCUUUGUGACACCGAAGCCACCAAGCGCUGGCGCUUCCAUCCGUGACACCUCAAAUAAGAUACUCGCAUUGGCGAUGAAAAGCGAAUGGACGCCGAUCGAACAGGAGCUAAAGAAACUGGAGAAAUAUGUAGCGAAUUCGGGUGAGGAUGGCAAUCACAUACCGUUGGCGGGCAUACACGACCCGAACACCGGCAUGACUCCGCUAAUGUACGCCACCAAGGACAAUAAAACUUCCAUUAUGGAUCGAAUGAUUGAGUUGGGCGCAGAUGUCGGAGCACGAAAUAAUGACAAUUACAAUGUGUUGCAUAUCGCGUCGAUGUACUCACGUGAGGAUGUCGUCAAGCUGUUGCUGAAUAAACGUGGAGUGGAUCCGUACUCCACGGGUGGCUCUCGCACACAAACUGCCGUGCAUUUGGUCUCAAGUCGGCAAACGGGAACGGCAACGAAUAUUUUGCGAGCUUUAUUGGCAGCGGCUGGGAAAGAAAUUCGACUGAAAGUAGACGGUAGAGGUAAAAUUCCACUGCUGCUUGCAGUAGAAUCUGGUAAUCAGUCUAUGGUUAGAGAGCUGCUUUCAGCUCAAACGUCGGACCAACUGAAGGCAACAACGGCUAAUGGAGACACGGCCCUGCAUUUGGCCGCCAGACGACGGGAUGUCGAUAUGGUACGCAUACUGGUCGAUUACGGCACCAAUGUCGACACCCAAAAUGGCGAGGGUCAAACGCCAUUGCAUAUAGCGGCCGCCGAAGGUGACGAGGCGUUACUCAAGUACUUCUAUGGCGUGCGCGCUUCCGCGUCCAUUGCGGACAAUCAAGAUCGUACACCGAUGCAUUUAGCAGCUGAGAAUGGCCAUGCGCACAUCAUUGAAAUUUUGGCGGACAAAUUCAAGGCGAGCAUCUUCGAACGCACAAAGGAUGGCAGCACGCUGAUGCAUAUCGCCUCGCUGAAUGGCCAUGCUGAGUGCGCGACGAUGCUCUUCAAGAAGGGCGUCUAUCUACAUAUGCCAAAUAAGAAUGGCGCGCGCAGCAUUCACACCGCGGCCGCUUAUGGUCACACCGGCAUCAUCAAUACGCUCUUGCAGAAAGGCGAGAAGGUCGAUGUGACGACGAAUGAGAACUACACCGCACUCCAUAUCGCCGUGGAGUCUGCGAAGCCGGCCGUCGUCGAAACAUUGCUUGGCUUUGGCGCUGAUGUCCAUGUCCGUGGCGGCGCGAUUCACGAAACGCCCCUGCAUAUUGCCGCACGAGUUAAGGAUGGCGAUCGUUGCGCCUUAAUGCUCCUUAAGUCCGGAGCUAGUCCCAAUUUAACUACCGAUGAUGGCCUGACGCCGGUGCAUGUGGCCGCGCGAAACGGUAAUCUGGCAACGCUGAUACAACUCCUCGAAGACGGCGGCGAUCCGCUAUACAAAUCCAAUACCGGCGAAACUUCGCUGCAUAUGGCCUGCCGUUCAUGCCACCCGGAAAUCGUGCGCCAUCUCAUUGAGAUGGUCAAGGAGAAGCAUGGCCCCGACAAGGCUACCACCUACAUUAAUUCAGUCAACGAUGAUGGCGCCACCGCACUACACUACACAUGCCAAAUCACCAAGGAAGAGGUGAAGAUUCCCGAGUCCGAUAAGGAAAUUGUCCGCAUGCUAUUAGAGAAUGGCGCUGAUGUGACGCUGCAAACGAAAACUGUGCUAGAGACUGCUUUUCAUUAUUGUGCCGUGGCUGGCAACAAUGACGUCCUCAUGGAGAUGAUCGCACACAUGAAUCCCACAGAUAUCCAGAAAGCCAUGAACCGACAGACGUCGGUGGGCUGGACGCCGUUGCUUAUCGCCUGUCACCGCGGGCACAUGGAGCUGGUCAACAACCUUUUAGCGAAUCAUGCCAGAGUGGAUGUGUUCGACACUGAGGGCCGAUCCGCUCUCCAUUUGGCUGCCGAACGAGGGUAUCUGCACGUCUGCGACGCGCUGCUCACCAACAAGGCAUUUAUCAAUUCGAAAUCGCGAGUCGGUCGUACGGCGCUACAUUUGGCUGCGAUGAAUGGCUUCACGCAUCUGGUGAAGUUUCUCAUCAAGGAUCAUAAUGCUGUUAUCGAUAUAUUGACACUGCGUAAGCAAACGCCUCUCCAUCUAGCCGCGGCUAGUGGACAGAUGGAGGUAUGUCAGCUUCUGCUCGAGCUUGGAGCUAACAUAGACGCGACCGAUGAUUUGGGCCAGAAGCCCAUACAUGUCGCCGCGCAGAACAACUACUCUGAAGUGGCCAAAUUAUUUCUGCAACAACAUCCGUCGCUGGUGAAUGCCACCAGCAAGGAUGGCAACACCUGCGCGCAUAUCGCUGCCAUGCAGGGUUCGGUGAAAGUGAUCGAGGAGCUAAUGAAGUUCGAUCGUUCUGGCGUGAUCUCGGCUAGAAACAAAUUGACUGAUGCCACACCGCUACAGCUGGCGGCCGAGGGUGGACAUGCGGACGUGGUGAAGGCGUUGGUACGUGCGGGCGCCUCAUGCACGGACGAGAACAAAGCCGGCUUCACAGCGGUGCAUUUAGCGGCACAGAACGGGCAUGGCCAGGUAUUGGAUGCGUUGAAAAGUACCAACUCUUUGAGGAUAACCAGCAAGAAAUUGGGACUGACGCCGUUGCAUGUGGCAGCCUACUACGGACAAGCGGACACUGUGCGCGAGCUACUGACGAGCGUGCCGGCGACGGUGAAAUCCGAACCACCGACAGGUCAAAGUCUGUUUGGUGAAUUGGGCGCAGAAUCGGGCAUGACACCGUUACACUUAGCAGCGUUCUCAGGCAACGAAAAUGUUGUGCGAUUACUUUUGAACUCGGCGGGAGUGCAAGUGGAAGCGGCAACGACAGAGAACGGCUACAAUCCACUCCAUUUGGCUUGCUUCGGUGGUCACAUGUCAGUGGUUGGCUUGCUUCUGAGUCGCUCAGCAGAACUGCUCCAAUCGACGGAUCGUCAUGGCAGGACGGGUUUACACAUCGCCGCCAUGCACGGCCACAUACAGAUGGUGGAGAUUCUGUUGGGUCAGGGCGCAGAAAUAAAUGCCACCGACAAAAACGGUUGGACAUCACUGCAUUGUGCUGCCAAAGCCGGCCACUUGGAAGUUGUGAAGUUGCUAUGCGAGGCCGGUGCUUCACCCAAGUCGGAGACGAACUACGGCUGUGCGGCGAUAUGGUUCGCCGCCUCCGAAGGCCACAACGACGUGCUGCGGUAUCUGAUGAACAAAGAACACGACACCUAUAGUCUGAUGGAGGAUAAACGGUUUGUGUACAACUUGAUGGUAGUCUCGAAAAACCACAACAACAAACCCAUACAGGAAUUCGUGCUCGUAUCGCCGGCUCCAGUAGAUACCGCAGCCAAACUGUCAAAUAUCUACAUAAACUUAUCGACAAAGGAAAAAGAACGCGCCAAAGAUUUAGUGGCUGCUGGCAAACAGUGCGAGGCCAUGGCUACCGAGCUGCUCGCACUAGCUGCAGGCUCCGAUUCGGCUGGAAAAAUACUGCAAGCCACCGAUCGCAGAAAUGUCGAGUUCCUCGACGUGCUUAUUGAAAAUGAACAAAAGGAAGUCAUUGCGCACACCGUAGUCCAACGCUAUCUGCAGGAACUCUGGCGCGGCUCACUUACCUGGGCCUCCUGGAAAAUACUACUCCUCCUAGUCGCCUUUAUUGUAUGCCCGCCCGUCUGGAUCGGUUUCACCUUUCCAAUGGGCCAUAAAUUCAACAAAGUGCCCAUUAUCAAAUUCAUGUCCUAUCUCACUUCACACAUCUAUCUGAUGAUCCACCUAAGCAUCGUGGGCAUUACGCCCAUCUAUCCAGUGCUACGGCUAAGUUUGGUCCCCUACUGGUACGAAAUUGGACUGCUCAUUUGGUUGAGUGGUUUACUUUUGUUCGAGCUGACAAAUCCAUCUGACAAGUCUGGAUUGGGAUCGAUUAAACUGUUGGUGCUACUUCUGGGCAUGGCCGGCGUGGGCGUGCAUGUGGCUGCGUUCGUCUUCGUCUCUAAAUUGUACUGGCCGACACUGAUCUACUGCCGCAAUCAGUGUUUCGCAUUGGCCUUUCUACUCGCCUGCGUGCAAAUACUGGACUUUCUCUCAUUUCAUCACCUCUUCGGACCAUGGGCCAUUAUCAUCGGCGAUCUACUCAAGGAUCUGGCGCGCUUUUUGGCGGUGCUGGCGAUUUUCGUGUUCGGUUUCUCCAUGCAUAUCGUGGCAUUGAACCAGUCGUUUGCGAAUUUGAAGCCAGAGGAUUUGCGAGGAUUCGAAAAGCGUAACCGCAACCGGGGCUACUUCAGUGACGAUGACAUGCCAACACCACGUCCUCCCCCCAGCUCCGCCGAGCGUUAUAUCGAUAGUCGAAGCUUAUCUAGCGAGUUUCGACGCAAGCAUAAAAAUGAUCUGCGCAUGCAUCCGAUUACCUCCUUUGAAUUACUCUUCUUCGCCGUAUUCGGUCAGACGACAACCGAACAAACGCAAGUAGACAAAAUACAAAACGUGGCCGAGCCCACUCAGCCGUACUGGGUGGAGUAUCUGUUCAAAAUAGUCUUCGGCAUUUACAUGUUGGUGUCGGUGGUUGUGCUGAUCAACCUGUUGAUUGCUAUGAUGUCUGACACCUACCAGCGGAUCCAGGCUCAAUCGGAUAUUGAAUGGAAAUUCGGACUGUCCAAGCUUAUACGCAAUAUGCAUCGCACCACAACUGCGCCAUCUCCGCUUAAUUUAGUUACCACGUGGUUUAUAUGGAUCGUCGAGAAGGUCAAGGCUCGUAUGAAGAAAAAGAAGCGUCCAAGUCUGGUUCAGAUGAUGGGAAUACGUCAGGCCAGCCCGCGCACAAAGGCUGGUGCCAAGUGGUUAUCGAAAAUCAAGAAAGACUCGGUGGCUUUGUCCGUCGUACACCUUUCACCGCUUGGAUCGCAGACGAGUUUCACCGCUGCCAAUCAGAACCGGAUUGAAAAUGUGGCCGAUUGGGAGGCGAUUGCUAAAAAAUAUCGUGCGCUUGUCGGUGACGAGGAGGGCGGAUCGAUUAAGGAUUCCGAAGCAGAGAGCGGCUCCGUCGAAGGUAGCGGUGGCGGUACGGGUGCGCCACCGCCGCCGGCACAGGUGGGAAAUAAUGUUGCAGCAGCGCAACCACAAGAACAAUUGUUGCACGUGUAGAGAGAGCUAUUUCCUCAUUUAGAGAAUAGAAAAAGCUUUUAUCAUUUAAACAACUGCAUUCAUUGAGCGUUUGAAGCACAUCCCAUGGCUACAUUUCCAUCGAGUAGAACGUUGAGCCACACAAGCUUACGAAAGUCACUAGCAAACUAAUCAUAAAUUAUAUUUCAGGUUUAAGUCAACAAGAAAAUAUAGUUGUAACUAACUGUUUUAAGAAGGAAUGGGUUUUAGUGUUAAUCAAAAAAAUUUAACAAUAAGUUUUAGAUAGAAAAAAGUAAAUCAAAUAAUAGAGAAAUUUAAUUGUAGUUAAAAGCCUUAAACACUUCCUAAUUCGUCUACCUUAGAUAGAAUAUGCAAAUAAAGUGUCACAAAAAAACUUUAUUGCCGUUAUGAAAUUCUAAAAAACUACACAAACUGUAAAUUAAUUGUAUG